CUCCGAGUUCGCUCCUUCCAUAUCCUCAUCCCUCUUCUUAGUAGCCUCCACCGGACAACUAUUUGAAUAUCAACUUCGAUGUAGAUGUUCGUAACUAAGAGUGCUCGUCUGGUCUUGUUAUCUGUGGGUUAGACGGGCAUGUGGUACUGGCACCAGGUAUGCAUCACUAGGGAGUAGUCAACCCCUAUAUGGCAGAGCCCAUAGCAGUAAGAGAUGUUAGAUUCCAUCAAGGCCCUUGAGUCACGUGAUGGUGGAAGGUUAUUCCUAGGUGGUCGUCAACCAGAUCCGGCAAGGUGUCCUAGAAGAUUCUUUUGGAGGUCUGGUGCUCCGGGAGUGUCUUGAGAUCCUAGACUCUUUGUUAGUUUGUAUAGAGUUUAGGGCGGUUCCUAGAGCUGCCAAUAGUGAUGCCCAAAGAGUGGCGCGUAAAGCACUGAUAUUGUCUCUUUUAGAGUUAGAAUCUUUCGAUUUAUUGGGUGACUUCACUAGAGUGUUGCUUGUAGGGGCUUUCGAUUUAUUGGGUGACUUUACUAGGGUGUUGCUUGUAGGGGGUGCUUGGGUAGUUUUGUUUGUACAAUUUUUGUCCUCUCUUGAUAUCACUCGAAAAUAAAAUAAAAAUAUAUUUAUGAUUGUAUAUUACACCUUCUAUGAUGUUUAAUAAUUCAAGUAUGUGAGCAAAUAUGUCUCGUGUAUGACAUAAAGAUUAGCUAAUCACAUGUAAUAUUGUAUAUGACAUAUACUUAUUAGGUUAUUUAAUUCAUAAAUUAUCUUAGAGUUGAGCUCGAACCCAAAUUUUUAUCUUAAUGAUGAGUCGAGAUUAAUAAAUAAGAUGACUCGUGUUUGGCUCCACUCAACUCAUUCAUAAACGAGCCGAACUCGAGUUUUGCUCGUUUAUAAACAAAUCAAACCUGAACAUGACAAAACUCGGCUCGGCUCGCCUCAUUAACCGCCCUACUUGUGGGCACUUGAACAACAUAAGAAUAAAACAACACCGUCUCGAUACAACGGUGGCGCGUAAGCGUAGCAGACAUUAACGUCGAGGACUCGAGGUACAACGUAUGGAAGAAAUAAUUGAAGGGGAAAAGGGUAGGAAGGAAAUCAGUAAAUGACCCCAAAAGUGCAAAGGGAGAGGAAGGGCAUGGGGUCAAACUCCUCCUCCCAUUCAUUCAUCCAUCAUCGUCUUCGCCGUCUUCUUCCCCAAAUGUGGCUGUCUGGUCUGCGCCAAUCAAUCGCAUUAUUAUUAUUCAAUUAAAAAAGAAAGGAGAGUGGGAAACGCGAUAAAGGAAAAGAAAAUGGGGGAGGCUCAGCUCAACCAGAAGGAACCUUUUUUGUUCAUUCCCCAUGUUAUGCAAUUCAAUUUUCUCCCUCCUCUGGAUAUUUUUCUCUCUCCCAUUAGCUUCGCCACUAAGAAAUUAUGUAGUCAGAGAAAUUUUAGGGAUUCGGAUUUCGUGAAACCAAGAAGUUAAGCAAUCAGAGGCUCCUCUCAAGACACUCCCGCCGGCUGGUUUCCCGGUUACCGAUCCUCCCUGCUCCAACUCCGAGAUCCUUCCACCUGCUGGCUUUCACUUGGUUAGCUACCUGCCGCCUUUUCUUUUGGUCUGGUCAUUCAUUUCCUUCCAUAAUUGAACUUAAAGUUGGGACCUUUUCUUUCGUACGUUCGAGUCGUCUGAGCUCGGUCCCCAGCUCCACAUGGAGAAAUAAGGCCACUCAUCGAUGAAUUGCCAAAAUUAGCAUUUGGGUUUCGUUUCUCGGCUUUCUUUACCAGCUGGGUGUCUGUUAUUUUUUUGUAACCUCCCCUGUCCCCUCCCAGCUUCGGUUCAGAGUUUUGGGUCUAAAUAUCACUCAGCGAAUUGGAUUCUUCAGGUGAAUUUUGAAGAACCCUUGAAGUUUUGUGUUGCCAUUCGAGCUGGUUGUCGGGUAGGUUCUGGUAUUGGGAAUGUCUAAUCCGAGUGCACGAUCAUCCCACGGGAUGGAGGAAAUGUCUGAAAGUGGGAUGGGACAGCAGCCGUUUCAGUCUCAAUCUGCAUGGAUAGCUCAUUGGAUGCCUAGGAAUUAUGGGUUGGCAAAUGGAGCGCCACAACCCACUCCAUUAUCAGUAAGUACUGAGGACAGCCCUAGCGUGAAGUUCAAUCCUCUGCUUAAUUGGCGUGAGAACGUGGGAAAGCGCAAAAUGGUGGAUUCUGUGAAAGGGAGUACGACAUUGGGUUUGGAACGGUUUAGGAAUGAACCUUCUGAAGGCCAGCCUUCUUUGAUGCUAGGUUGUUCUCGGGAGCUUGAGGUUGAUCUGCCUCCAACUAAAAAGAGGUUUGAUAGUGCACAUGUAUCAAGCCCCGUACCUAGACUGGAUCCUUCAACGAGUAGAGUGGAGAUCAAGUUACCUGGAUCAACUCCGUGGUUUACUACUAGCCAAAUGGAAACUCGAUCAAGUGGACAAAAGCCUCAUAAGUGUAGUAAUGGACUUUCCGAGAAGUAUGGGUUCGGUCUUUCUAUACAUUCAGAUGCCUACUUUCCUGGCACCACUUCUCAGAUUGUUCCGUUUGAGUUUGACAGACAAAGGAGUAGGUCACAAUCUUCUUCCCGCGAGCAGGAGAGUUUGAAUCGACCAAGCGGUUCUUUUUGGGAUCACAUGAAGAAAAUGGAUCCUGUUGGUACUCUUUUAGUUCAUGACACCUCUAUCAGCAAGAAUGAGGGAAGAGGCUUUGUUGCUGAACCAUUCCUCAAGAUGCCUCAGAAUUCUGAUUCUGGAUAUUUUAGCUUCCGGAAUAGGCCCCCUGUACCAGGAACGCCCUCUUCUUCUGUGCAUGAUGUACAGGCUAUGGGAGUACAUACUACUAUCGAUUCUGUAACCGAUUUUUCUGCCAGUUGCUCAAAGUUUUUACAUACAGCUCACCGCUUCUUCAUCACAAAGAAUACUGAUCUGACCUUACCAGAUGAAGGUCAGAUGUUCCACCAGCCAUCAAUAUUUACAAAGUUCAAAGGAAAAGCAUUAGAUGAAUCAUUUUGUUUAGCACCAGACUAUUGCUCCCAUGGUAACCAAGGAGUGAAGCUGCAACCACUUGAGAGUUCUAGAGAAAGCAAGGGACAAGAAGAAAGUGAGAAUGUCAAGAAUUCUAUACCUGGUUCAAAGAAAGGAUCGUCUUCUGAGAACAAGACUAUGAGCAUGGAUGCUUUUGGAAAAAACCAUGUCCUUGGUUUGGGAUCGCCUCCAUCGAGUAAGGACAUGAACGGUGGGCAAAAAUCACCUAUAUCUCAAGAUGCAAUGAUUGCUUUAGUCAGCCAAGAAGUUAGAGGUAGAACCUUAGAAAAACAGUUGCCCGAUAUCAACGAAGUAUUCCAUGUGCUUCCGGAUGUGCCAGGGACAGCAGAUGGUACUAAGCAGACAAGCACCUCAAUAACCCAAAGUUUAGAUGGCGACUGCUGGCCGCCCCUUGCUGACAACCCCACAAAUUGGAAGUCUAGUGCUUUACCAGACCCGGUGGGCCUGGAUCCUUGCAGUCGAUGGGUUAAACGUCUAAAGCCAAGUGCGACAGAUCUUGUUGCCUGUAACUUGGCGGAAGCCUCCAAUAAAAAAGCGACAAGAAUCUUCAGCAAAAUGCUCAAAUGUGGUCAGGCAAGUUCAGAACCAAAGAAGAUAAGCGAGCCUCAUUGUGAAGAUCUUCGUGGUAAUGAUUGUCCAACAGAGUUAGUAAGGAAAACUGAAGCUUCUUUCGCUAACUCCGAGGGAAGAACACUAGACGCAAUCCACUCACAUCCUUGGAUACGACGGUGGUGUCACGAUCCAGUUACUUCUCUUGCAAGGAAGCCCGAUUGUGUGAUGUCUAGUGAAUCACGAGCUGCUAAGUGGGGAGCAGCAGAUGACUUGCCUCGGAAGCAGUUUGCAAGCAUAGCUGCUAUGGCACUCAUGGGAAAGGCUAUGACCGGUUUUCGUCCAUGUGAAUUCAGGAAACGGGGUUCUCUCAUACUUUGGAGUAACAAGGGCUAUUGAGAUGAGCCGCCUCCAAAAGGUAGACUAGAUAUUAUGGAAUAAAACGUGUAAGCUGACCAGUUUGCAGACCCUUGCCGGUUCUCUCUUGUGGCUUUGUGGGUCAAUGAUGCUGUCAAUUGGAAGACAUUAUUGACUUCAGGAUUGGCUCUUUAUAGUACUCUAAAGAGAACCAGCGAAGUUCAGUUAUGGGGUUAACAAAAGGGUGGGGAAAGGUACAGUCUUUCUGUAAUGAAUUUCCCAUUCCACUCCCUGAAUCUGAAUUUUGUUAGGCACCCAUGAUGUUUUGGAUCA